ACACAUUCACUACUAAUUAGCCACACUCAAUUGUUGAGAGUACUAAUUCCUUAACUCUUAGAAAUGGCUAAGUUUUCUGUAUCCUCCAUUUCCCUUGUUCUCACAUUGAACAUUCUCUUCUUCACUAUAGUUAGUUCUACUUAUGUCCCAUGCCCACCACCCACAAAUCCCAAAUACCACCCCACCCCUACAUCCUCUACCCCUACACCCUCUGCCCUAUCCCCCUCUCCCUCUACCCAGUCUACCCCCUCUACCCCAUCAACCCCAUCUAAUCCUACCCCUGCUACCCCAUCAAUUUUAUCACCUCUAUCUACCCCUAAACCCUCUACCACACCCACCCCAUCAUCAAAAGGAAAGUGCCCACAGGAUGCACUAAAGCUAAGAGUGUGUGCCAACUUGUUAAAUGACUUAUUGCACCUUAUUGUUCAUAGUAGCCCAGCUCAAACUCCAUGCUGCUCUCUAAUUCAAGGACUUGCUGAUCUCGACGCUGCUGUUUGCCUUUGCACUGCCAUUAAGGCUAAUGUAUUGGGAAUUAAUCUGGAUGUUCCUCUUUCUAUCAACUUGUUGCUCAACAACUGUGGAAAGUAUGUCCCUGAAAACUUCCAAUGUGCAUGAUUAAGAUAACGCAGUUUCAACUGCAUAUGUAUUUUGUUUCAGUGUGUUUGGAAUAUCUUGAAUAAGAAAGGCUACUAGUAGUCUUCUUUUUAUUGUAUCUUAUUUUCAUCAGGAGUAAUAAAUGACAUGCACGUUUGAUACAUAUAA